AUGCAGAUGCUCGCGUCCGCAUUGCUGGCGGCAGCGAUGGCUGCGCACGCGGUUGUCGCGUCGCCAAUCCAAGCGCGCUCUCCCUACGCCGUCAAGGAGACGCACUUUGCGCCGCGCGAGUGGACCAAGCUUGAUCGUGCUAAUGGCAGGAAACUGGUUCAAUUGCAGAUUGGUCUCAAGCAGGGCAACAUGGACGGGUUGCUCGAGCAUCUUAGUGAGGUCUCGGACCCGGAUCACGCCCGCUAUGGGGCCCAUCUGAGCGCCGACGAGGUCGACGACAUGGUUCGACCCGCCAAAGAGACUUGCGACCAGGUCGAAGACUGGUUGCGUGAGGCCGGCGUCGGCGACGUGAGCUACAACACGGCCAAAGACUGGAUCACUGUUCAUCUUCCCAUUGACUUCGUGGAGAAGCUCCUCGACACCGAGUAUCACAAUUACAAGCACGAGGACGGUUCCAUUGUCUCCCGUACUACUCACUGGUCCCUCCCUCGCCAUUUGCAUGAGCACAUCGACGUCAUCCAGCCGACGACUUCCUUCUUCCGUGGAGCAGCCAACGCUGCCACCUAUGUGAAGACUCUUGACAAGGUGCACGACGAGGUUGCCAGUCUGAGCUUCGCCAACGGACAGUACGAACCCAGUGACGUCUCAAAGGUGUGCAAUGUCAGCUCGGUGACUCCAGAGUGCUUCCAAACGCUCUACAAGACAAAGGGCUACAAGACCAGGGCUUCGGACAAGAACAGCGUUGGCUUCACCAAUUAUCUAGAGGAAGUGCCCAUUCGGCCAGACACCGAGCUAUUCUUGAAGAAGUACCGCCCCGAGGCCGUGUCCUCGGCCAAGACCUUCAAAACCUACUCCAUCAACGGUGGCCCUCUAAACGAUGGACCUUUGACCCCGCAAGAGCUUGAAGACGACAAGAGCCACGAAGCCAACCUUGAUGUUCAAGCCAUCGCCGGCAUCAGCUGGAAGACUCCCAUCGUCAGCUACUCGACUGGCGGCAGGCCUCCCUUCAUUCCAGACCUUACGGUUGUGGAAAACGACAGCGAGCCGUAUCUCGUCUGGGUCAAUUGGCUUCUGCAGCAGCGUUCCAUUCCCAAAAUCAUCAGCACCUCGUACGGCGAGCCUGAGCAGACCGUACCUCGCAGCUACGCCGAGCGCGUUUGCAAGCAGUUUGCCGCUGUCGGAGCUCGCGGCACCACCAUGUUCUUUUCCUCUGGGGAUAGGGGCCUCGGAGGAACCGACAAGUGCUAUACCAACGACGGAAAGAACACAUACAAGUUCCUUCCCGCUUUCCCUGCGUCCUGCCCGUACGUCACCACCGUCGGCGCGACCAAGAACUUUGAGCCAGAGGAGUCUGCUUACCGUGCUGGCCGUAACCUCUCUGACGGCUACCACGACUUGUACUCUAGUGGCAGUGGCUUUAGCGACUACUUCAAGCAGCCCACUUGGCAAAAGGAUGCUGUCCCGCACUAUGUGAAGAGCAUCGGGGAUCUCUACAAAGGCCUGUACAACCCCCGCGGCCGCGGCUACCCUGACUUGGCUGCCCAAGGGCUCUACUUUGCCUAUUUCUGGAACGGCACCGAGGGCACCAUAAGCGGUACUUCGGCCUCUACACCGCUCACCGCUGGCAUUUUCGCUCUCGUCAACGACGCACUCAUCGCGUCUGGCAAGCCUACUCUGGGCUACCUCAACCCGUGGCUAUACAAGAAGGGCUACAAGGGGCUUACUGACAUCACUAUUGGGUUUAGCUACGGCUGCAACGUUCAAGGAUUCCCAGUGACCAAGGGCUGGGAUCCGAUUACGGGUUUCGGUACACCCAUCUUCCCAGAGCUUGUCAAGCUUGCUGGAGGACAUAUAGGCUACUAG